CCCAAAAUUUUAAAUUUUGAUGCCAACUUUCCAGUUAAAGAAAUCUGCAACGAAUGAUGUCACCGAGUGAUCCAAACUCUGUAAUUUUUCACUUAGAAAGAAGAUUAAUGUUGGAUGACAGGAUGAGGGAAGUUCCAUCUAUUUAAAGUCCCAAUAUAUGUUUCACCGAAAACGUGUCACUCAUUGGCCAUGCUCCUGCUGCCACCUCUGCAUUUCCGCAACUGCUUUUGAUAGGAACAAGCACUGCACACAUCCACUCUCACUCCUCUCUCCUCUCUCUCUCUCUCUCUCUAAGCUCAAGUCGCACCCUCUGCGCCCUGCUGCGAUGGUAGGAACUCAAAAAUAAGUUACAUCAUGUCUUGCAAACUGUGACAGACUAAUUGAUUAGAAAAGGCACUAAUACCGGUCGAUGUGAUGGCAUUGCUUUCUGAGUUAAUAACUAUCACAAUAAUCUUGGUGACUCGGCCUUUCUCGCUUUUGAAGCUCUUAUGCUUGUUUGGCAUAAAGACUACUUUUAUUGUCAUUCAUGCAUGGUUGGAUUUGUUGAGGGCAGCAGUCUGCUUCCAUGUGAACAUAUUCUGGAGAAUCAUGAUAUGGACAUUGGCACUUAUAUCCCUGCCCGGGCGUGUUUUGACUGCCUUACAGAGGGAGAGGCAGCUGGAAAAACAUUUACACGAUAUGCAAAUUGAGUUGGAGAAUCUCGAAUGGGAUAGAAAAGAACUUCAGGAGCAUCUAAUUACAGCCAUUAAAGAACAAAGAAUGAUGGAGUUGAUAUUAGCAGAACUUGAAGAGGAACAUGACAAGGCCGUUGCCAAAAUUGAUCUGCUAGUGAGCAAGUUACACGAUCUGAAAACUGAAAAUCUGCGGCUAAAAGAAAUUCAGGGCAAAGGAUGGAACGACAAAGGUCGAGAUCAAACAGGCAAUGCCCAGAGUACAGCCAUUGGGAUCCCAUCAUGGAAAUCCCGUUAUGAUGGAAGUGAAUUCAUCCGUCAAGACCUUCUGAUGCACAAAGAUAUAUGGGGGGACGAAAGCAAAACUAAUAUGGAGUUGCUCAAAACCUUAAGAAAUGAACCAGUAUCCAGUGGACCUAUACAUCCUGUUAUGCCUGAAAUCAGCCUCAGAAAUUUAGAUAUGAGUGAAGUUUUUUACCAGCGAAGGGGUAUUGCAAUCAAACAGAGUCUUUUCAGUGCAGUGUUAUCAGUUUUGGUUGGGAUUAUCAUUUGGCAAGCGGAAGACCCUUGCAUGCCCCUUGUCGUGGCUCUUUUCUCCGUGGUUGGUAUGUCACUCAAGAGCGUGGUUCAGUUUUUCUCGACCAUAAGGAAUAGACCUGCUACGGACGCUGUUGCUCUCUUAAGCUUCAACUGGUUCAUACUUGGAACACUUACCUACCCGACAUUACCGAAGGCUGCGCAUAUGGUGGCUCCAUUGGCAUUAAAUUUUGUCGACCGAGCGUUGUGCUGGCUUGGUUUCUCUUUUUCCCUAGCUUAAGUCUGUCUCUCCUUUUCAUACACUUGCAUGUACUAUAUAGCCCUUGGAAUACGACGAUGGUCUUUUGUAUAUAAUCGUUUUGAGAGCUUGUAUGUUGAAAGAUUGCUCUACAGUAUUUGAUUUUAUCUUGCUCA